GAAAUUCUCAAGAAUAUGGCCGCCGCAGCCACUAGCACCGCCGCUCUCCGCCCACGCAAUCCCUUUUUCUCUUCUUCUGUCUAUUCCUCCUCGAAAUUUCCUGUCAAUAUCAACAAAGUUGAGCCUCUGACGUCGCCUGUGAAAAAAUUUUCAAUUUAUUGUACGUUGACUAGAGAAGCGGUCCCAGCUGAUACGCUUCCCAUGGAUUCGGACCCGAACGGAUGGCAACGACCGGACUCGUUCGGUCGGUUUGGAAAGUUUGGUGGGAAAUACGUUCCCGAGACUCUAAUGUCUGCCCUUUCUGAGCUGGAAACGGCGUUUCAUUCUCUCUCUAAAGACGACAAAUUUCAGGAAGAACUAGCUGGGGUUUUGAAAGACUAUGUUGGCCGGGAAAGUCCACUCUAUUUUGCAGAGCGGUUGUCUGAACAUUACAAGCGUCCUAAUGGCGAAGGGCCUGAUAUCUAUCUAAAGAGAGAGGAUCUUAACCAUACUGGUGCUCAUAAGAUCAAUAAUGCCGUUGCGCAAGCAUUGCUAGCUAAACAUUUGGGCAAGAAACGAAUUAUUGCUGAAACCGGGGCUGGUCAGCAUGGUGUUGCGACAGCUACUGUGUGUGCACGGUUUGGUUUGCAGUGCAUUGUUUACAUGGGUGCCCAAGAUAUGGAAAGACAGGAGCUUAAUGUUUUCAGAAUGCGGCUUCUUGGUGCAGAGGUUAGAGCAGUUCACUCGGGUACUGCAACACUAAAAGAUGCCACUUCGGAAGCUAUCCGGGAUUGGGUGACUAAUGUGGAGACAAGUCAUUAUAUUUUGGGAUCUGUUGCUGGUCCACAUCCAUAUCCUAUGAUGGUGAGGGAGUUCCAUGGAGUGAUUGGCGUAGAAACAAGAAAACAAGCGCUGGAAAAAUGGGGAGGGAAACCAGAUGUAUUGGUUGCAUGUGUUGGUGGAGGUUCAAAUGCAAUGGGACUUUUCCAUGAGUUUGUUGAUGACAAGGAUGUUCGGUUGAUUGGGGUGGAGGCUGCUGGUUUUGGUUUGGAUAGCGGCAAGCAUGCUGCUACUUUGACCAAGGGAGAAGUGGGAGUUCUGCAUGGAGCUAUGAGUUACUUAUUGCAGGAUGAAGAUGGGCAAAUAGUUGAACCUCAUUCCAUUAGCGCAGGCUUGGAUUAUCCUGGAGUUGGACCCGAGCACAGUUUUCUGAAAGAUGUAGGGCGAGCUGAGUACCACAGUGUCACAGAUGAAGAAGCAUUGGAAGCUUUCAAGAGAUUAUCUCGACUGGAGGGCAUAAUCCCGGCACUCGAGACAUCUCAUGCGCUGGCUUAUUUGGAGAAGCUGUGCCCGACUCUACCAAAUGGUACCAAAGUUGUGGUUAACUGCAGUGGCAGAGGCGAUAAAGAUGUUCAUACUGCAAUCAAGUAUUUGAAGGUAUAAUUAUGGUGGUGUCAUUACUCUUUCUUCAUCCCAUUAAAUAAAUGGGUUACAGCCAUGAGCCAUGCCUUCACAGUCU